UGGCGAGUGGAGAGGCUCGGGUGGGUUGGUAAGUCUGUCAGUGAGUGAUGGAGCAAGAUGGCCGUCUCGCCUGGCCAAGUCAGGCUAGAGCAGAGAUUAAGGGUUAAAAUAGGCGAAGCCAAAAAUCUUGUUCUCCGUAACCAUGGAAAUUCAGGUCAGCGGGAUGUUUACUGUGCCAUUUCCCUUGACCAAGAAGAAAUUUUCAGAUCAGCAACAGCAGAAAAGACAUUAGACCUUUCAGCCUUCUUUGGUGAAGAAUUCCAGUUUGACAUUCCACGAGAAUUUCGGUUCCUCUCAUUUUAUCUGUAUGACCGUGAUCGCCCAAUGAAGACUGACCGAAUUAUGGGAAAAGUGUCUAUUAAGAAGGAUGACUUGCACAAAUAUCAUGGAAAAGACCAGUGGUUUCCCAUCACGCCAGUGGAUGCAGAUUCUGAAGUCCAGGGCAAGGUUCAUGUUGAAAUUCGGUUACUUUUGGUGAGACAGAUGAAUGAUGGGUACCCACAGCACAUGGUUGAAGUCAAGAUUCAAGAAUGCAGUGACUUGGCCGUAAUCAGUGGUUCAUGUGAUCCUUUUACAAUAGUUACAAUGCUAUAUACAAAUAAAAAGCAAGAAUCUAAAAGAACAAAAGUCAAGAAGAAAACCAUAUCACCAAGAUUUGACGAAGUAUUCAUAUUCGAGCAAAACAGCCAAAGAAGUGGGAGUCAGGAUCGGGAGAAUAUGUACAGUUUAGUAGAUGAGGAUGCUGGCUUCCAAGAAGUUCGUGUUGCUCUAUGGCAUGAUUCUCCAGGGGUGUUUGGUAAUGUUUUUCUUGGGGAAGUCAAGAUAUCCCUCAGUGAUAUGUUGCCCGGUGAUGAACGCAAUGCUUGGUAUUUUCUUCAACCAAGAGACUCAGCAGGAAAGCAUCAAAGGGGAGACUUGGGAACCCUGAGGCUAAACCUUCAUUAUACCUCCGAUCAUGUUUUUUCUAGUCAAUCUUAUGAUUCUCUGCGAAACCUCAUCCUUCAAAGCACUGGGGUUGAGCCCAUCACAUCAUCUGUGGCGUGGCUACUUGGGGAAGUGGUACCUCAGAAGCAGGAUGUUGUGCAGCCUCUUACUCGUGUAUUCCUGCAUCAUGGUCAAGUGGUACCCUUUGUCUCUGCUUUUGCAAGACAUGAAAUAUCUAAGAUCACGGAUACUAAUACAAUUUUUCGUGGAAAUACGCUUGUUUCAAAGUGUGUCGAUGAACUGAUGAAACUCGUUGGUCAUCACUACCUUCGUUCAACACUCAAGUCAACUCUAGAUUUGAUCUUUAGGGAAAGAAAACCUUGUGAAAUUGACCCCACCAAAUUGCAACAGGGAGAGAGUCGUGAAGUAAACCUAAUCAAUCUUAAGGAGUAUAUUAGUCUCAUCUUGAAGGCCAUCAUCAACUCUGCACUCAGCUGUCCGCCAGUUAUGUGCCAAAUAUUCUCAGAACUUAAGGAACUAGCCAACACAUAUUUCCCAAAUGAGAGAGAAGUCAGGUAUUCUGUCAUCUCUGGCUUCGUUUUCCUCAGAUUCUUUGCACCGGCUAUCCUUUAUCCAAAAUUGUUUGACCUCACCACAGAACAGAUAGAUCCCUCAACACAUCGGACACUUACAUUGCUAAGUAAAACAGUUCAAAGCGUUGGGAAUCUUGUUAGUUCUCGAAAUUCUCAUCAGAACUUCAGAGAAAUAUACAUGCGAGAGGUCUUCGCACAUUGUGUUACGGAUAAGCACGUUGAAGGGAUGCGAACAUUCUUGGAAAUAAUAUCAUCAAUUCCCAAUGGAAGCCAUAAAGCCUAUGAUACUCCGGUUAUACUUAAAGAGGGAAUAAUGACCAAGAGAGCACAAGGAAGAAAAAAGUUUGGAAUCAAGAACUUCAAAACUCGCUUCUUCAGACUAACCACCCACAGUCUCUCGUAUUCUAAGACAGAAGGUGGAAGUUCCUUGUGUGCCAUCCCUGUAGAUGAGAUUCUGGCUGUGGAAAGAGUGGAGGAGUCCUCAUUCAAAAUCAAAAAUAUGUUCCAGUUAGUUCAGCCAAAUAGGACACUUUACAUUCAGGCAAUGAAUUGUGUGGAAGAGAAGGAGUGGCUGGAUCUCCUGACUAAAGUGUGCCAGUACAACAGCCAUCGCUUAAAACAGUAUCAUCCAGGAGCAUAUAUAAAUUCCAUUUGGCUCUGCUGCAAGUCAACAAGUGAACAUGCCCCUGGCUGUAGUGCAGUGUCAAAUUAUCUAGAAUGUGACCUGAAAAUCUACAUAGACAGUGACCGGGAAAUGGAACGACUGUGGUCGUUGCUUAUGGAGAAUAUGGCUAGCUUGGAGAAGCUACACAGUGCAUGUGAAAAUGCUGUUAUUUAUGGAACUCCUCGAGAAGUAACUGUUGGAGGCGUAGUUCUGGAUAAUCCAUCAGUGUCGUUAAAAUCUCUUAGUUCAGUUAUUACCAGUGUUAUACAAUUGCAACAGGAGCAUCGUAACCAUCAGCGACGAUUACUGCGCACCCUUAGAUAUGGGUCAAAGCAAGCUCCAAUUGGUGAUGACAACUACCUACUCCUUGCAUCCAGUAUUGCAAAAUUUGACUCUAACACAAGUGGGAAUGAGUUGAGUGUUCCAGUUCGGAAAACAUCGAGUAGCCCUUGCUGACUUCGUAUGGCGAGAAUUUGUACAAUGUUUUGACUGUUGAUGCUAGAUGAUUGGCUCGCUGUAAAUGUGCCUUACUCAAAGAUGUGAGGUCAAGUUGUUUGUUCAUUUCAGCUGUAUUUUUCAUAUUAAAAAGCAAAUAUAAUUAUUUGUGAAUUGGUCAGUUGAAUUUGGGCAUCUACAUUGCAUAAUAGGAAUGUUGACCACUCCUGUUUGCAUGGUUGAAAAUGCAUUUGCCAUCAUAAUAGAGGUUUUGCCAUAAGGUAUACUGAUAUAUGCUAAUUACCUUACUGGUUAGUCUAAGACUUUGUUGGAAGUCAAAGGUACAAUAUUUUUGUCUUGCAUUUUACAGUACUAUUCAUUUAGAUGAAUUUUCCUUAUAUUUUUGUUGAAUGACUUUCAUCUUUACUUCAUUAGGAGAUAAAGUAUGAAAUUUAGUGAGUGAUGCAAGGCUUGAAAAAAUGUUUUGGAUUCAGAUAAUACAUUAUUUGUUCCAGUAUAUUUGUAAUACUCUGUUAAGCUACAAAAUAAUGAACUGCACUUACUUCAUAGAAAAGGAGUAUCUUAAAGGCAGACUGCAGUAUUUGCCUUCAUGAAACAUGGAGUCUGCUGAGUAAAGUCAAAAGUGAUGAAUAAAGCUGAAUGGUAAUGGACAUAAGAGUAGAAUUUAUGUUAACAAACUAUUUGCUCUAAAUAGGUUAUACUUUGAGGCUAUGACCAAGAAUUUUUAUAUUUUAGUGUAUAGAUUAGCAUAAAUGUUUGUUAUUUAAUUUUAUAAGUGAUUAACUGGUCAAGGUUAACUAGUUAAUGAAAAAGAGUUCAGGGUUUGACAUUGGUUUGACCAAAGUCAUUAGCAUAUGAAUAUAUAAAAUUUUGGGCUUAGCUUUCUAAAGGUUCAGUUUUGAAUCUGCAGCAACAUGCCCUGAGCCAGUGCUGCAUAAACUUUCAGAUUUCUUUCUGAAAUUAGCUCUCUACGUGUUCAAUUUGUUUUUCUUGAAGAGCUAAUAUUUUCUAAGAAAUUAGGAUUAUAUAGGCAAGUUUAUGAUGCAUGCCAAAGACAAAAUUAUUCUGAUUGAAAGGAACAAGGAUUUUGUGAUUUUUGUAUUGUUAUAUGCAUUAGUGUACUUAAUUCCAGAGUAAGUAACAGAUUCACUUUAUUCAGGAUUCACAUGAUUCCUUAUAUUCAUGACUUUCUAUGUUGUUAACUUCACCAUAUUUCUAAAUUGUGUCACUCAUCCAGUUUAUUUAUAUUAGAAAUAGCAUAAAUCCAUUUAUUAUUUAUACAAUAUGAAUAGAAGGUAGUGAGAGAGUGACAUUUUGGCUGGAUUAGCAAACAGUUUGUUCCACAGUGUGUCUGGAGACAAAGGUCCCUGUGCUGCUUGCCGAUAUAAACCAAAACAUUCUGCGGCAGUUUAUAGAGAUGUUAUAUUACAAAGUAAAUUUUGACUAAUUUAUGUAAUUGGAAAUUUAUUUAACACUUUUUCAGGCUUAUCUUUCAAAUAAUGGUUUGACUAGUGAAUACUUAACAAGAAUCUGCUUGUUCAAUUUAUUUUAAUAUAAAGUUUUGUACAUUGCACAUAUUUUACAAGAAUUGCUGUAUACAUGUCAUUAAUGAUACAGAUGUAAUGUAGGUCCUUAAAUUCAUAGCUUUUCAAUAUACUCUAUUGUAUACUAUUUGAAGUCAUGUGUUUAAGAAACUCUUUUAAUUCAGUAUGACCCUAAUGAAUAGUGGUCAACUUAUUUAUUAAAGCAAAUUAACAUGUCUGAUCCAAAUUAUUCUGCACCUAGUUAAGGUAACUUAAAUAAACUGCAGCUACCUUCCAUAACAAAUAGUAUUUAGAAAUUGAGCUUCAAUAUAAAGCAGACUGUUACUUGUACAAUGUGUAAGGCUUUUUAUUAUUGAAUCAGUUGUGAGCAGACGAGUCCAAACAUUUAAUAGAAAUCAGUUUCUUAUAUUGGAAACCUUUUCUAGAAUAGGUGGGUAGGUAGAGAGAGUGUAUUUUUAUGUUGGUUCUUUGGCAAAUUAACUAUUCUUCAUCAUUUAUUGGUUUAUCUGACAAUAUGUACAUGUAUAUAUUCCUUUUGUUAACACCAUUUUUAUGCAUUUAUCCAUUAAUGUCUUGUGGUUUUAUAUCUGUUCUUGUUUAUUUCUGCCUUCCUAUUUGCAUAUGCUGGUUCAGGUAGUGUUUGUUCUUUCCACCAGCUCUUACUUCUUGGCUCCAGGAAGUGGCGACUAUAAAUGACUUGAGUUCUGUGGCUACCCUUCAAGAGAAUUUCCCUUAUGUUUAAGAUAUCAAAGAGGUAGGAAAAUAAAUAGGAAUUUACACAUUAAAUAACAUAAUACUGAACUGUAUAUGAUAUGUUCCUGUCUCUUUUUACUCCUGGCAACAUGUUUGUAGGAUUGUUUUUAUAUUCUUAUUGGUUUUUACCUACUAGUAGAAAACACACACACACACAC